GGCGGUGUUCACUAACACUCAGCCAGCUGUCCUGCUGAAGCAAACACCAGUCAAGUCUACCUUGAGGAUACUGUCCAUUUCUGCGAACCUGUGGGAGAACUUUUCACACUGAGCCACGUGAUGGGCCAUCACAGCGCCGCUUAGAGCACACUACAUACGGUGCUGCUGUCAUCUUGCUUUGCUGCCUCUAAAUAUAAUCUGUGUGAACGGAAAAGGAAACGAUCAAACAAUUAAGAAAGGAGAGUUGAAGCUGAAACUGAGAGGGAAAGAGAAGGAAGCCCGAGCGGAGACUCUUGCAGGCUGUAUUCUGCACUGGGCCAACCUGUCCGUCACAGCCUCAAACGUACUCAUUACCAUCACUGAACUGUGAAAUUCAUGUUGUAAUAAUUGUUAUAAUACAACCAAUAACAGAUCAUAAGGACUCUUUACUGGAUUUUUCUGAGCUGUGGAAAUCUCACUAAUUCUGUCCUUGCUGCUCAUUAAUUAAAUCCACUACCUGGUUAUUCAGCGUGAGUGUAGAACGGCACAGUACUAUUUUUGAAUGACUCACUGCUUGCAUAAGUAUCCAGGAUUGCUUUUGACUUCGAAGAAGGACCCUUGAGCCCCUCAACCAUCUUCUGACUGUCUGCCCAACUAUAGCAUUUGGGUGUGGAGCGCUGGUUUCAGAAUUAGGCCUCUGGACGCAUGUUGAAGAUGACUUGAGUUGGCAGGCCUAAAACCCCUUACCCCAGAGAGAGAAAGAGCUUGGCAGUACGACACGCACACAACACACAAAUGUGGGUGCCGAGGCGGCUUUGAGCCAUGCUGGUGUUGCUACUCGCGGAGCCCUGGAGUACAGGCUAUCAUCAUCCCUAUCAUCAUUCACCCAAGCUGAGGAAGAAUCAACGGCCCCAAGGAGCGAGGCUACGCUUCUGAACGACUCAAAGAAGACUGGGAGACUGCGCUAACACACAGAGAUAUCCACAGCUACAUCCUCAGUCACACAGAUAGACACACUAAUACUUCUCUCCACAAAACCCUGAUACAGGAAAAACAAAGCUGCGGCGGACGUGAAAGGCACAGAGACUGAGCAGGAGCUGUGUACCAACAUGGCAGCUGAGAGUCUUGCUGAGCUCCGCGAUUGGCUCUUUCUGCUCCUCCUGUGCCUCACCUUAUUGGCUGAGGUGCUGGAACUGGCGGCAGCGGCAAUUGCCAUGGAGACGGGCGAGGGAGAUGAGGGCAUUGUUUGUCCCUCAGUGUGCCGCUGUGAUGAGGGUUUUGUCUACUGCAACGACCGAGGCCUCAGUAUAAUUCCACCACUACCGUUAAUGGCUGCCAUUCUGUACUUGCAAAGCAACCGGCUGAGUAACGCUGGUCUGCCUCCCUCCCUGGAACGCAGCACGUCCAUACGAGUGAUUUACCUGUAUGCCAACCAGCUGGAUGAAUUUCCUAUACACCUCCCGCCUUCGUUACGGGAGCUCCAUUUACAGGAUAAUAAUAUACGAACGUUACCGAGAUCAGCUUUGGCCAAGUUACCAUUACUAGAACGUUUACACCUGGAUGAUAACUCUAUAUCCACAGUUAGCAUCCAGGAGCGAGCUUUUUCUGGGACUCCAAGGCUUCGACUGCUGUUUCUGUCUCGGAACCACCUGUCAAGCAUCCCUGCAGGGUUGCCAGCAUCCUUGGAGGAGUUGCGACUGGACGACAAUAGAAUCAGCACCAUCCCCACACAUGCUUUCCGUGGGCUCUCCUCCCUGCGACGCUUGGUCCUGGAUGGAAACUUGUUGGCCAACACACGCAUCGCAGAUGACACCUUUUCCCGUCUCUCCAACCUGACUGAGCUGUCACUGGUCAGGAAUGCCCUGCAGUCUCCACCAGUCAACCUACCGUCAGCUCACCUUGUGCGACUUCAUUUGCAAGACAACGGAAUGACUCACAUACCACGGGGGGCGCUGGACGGGAUGCGGCGGCUACAGAGGCUGGACCUGUCAGGAAACAAUCUGACCAGUCUCCCACGAGGACUUCUGAAGGACACAGAAAGCCUGGAGCUGCUACUGUUGCGAGGAAACCCCUGGUUCUGUGGGUGCAACCUUCGCUGGCUCCACGCCUGGCUGCAUGGCCGAGGGGCAGCCGUGACAGUCAGGGGUCUGACCUGUCAGGGGCCUGAGCCUGUAAGGGGCCAGAUCCUCAGAGACCUAACCUCCCUGAUGGAGCAGUGUGAAGGUCCCCCUGCUGGUCCCAGUACUGGAAUGGGGAUGAACCCAGCAGAAAAGGAUGGAGGAGGUGAAGAUGGUGUUGGAGGGGGCCAAGCAGUGGCUUCAGUCCCCCAUGGCAGCACCACCACUACUUCUCUGCUGGUCCCCACACAAGGUUCCCUCUUCACCCUGCGAGCCAAGCGGCCAGGCCUUGUUAUGCCUCUGCCUCCCGGUGAAGGAGGACAGGUAACUGGAGAGGCCCUGGAGCUGACUGUAAAACCUCUCUCUUCGGACAGUGUACUGGUAAGUUGGCUGUGCCCACAACCAGCCCCCUCUUUCCGCCUGUCGUGGCUUAGGUUGGGUAGCAGUGCAGCUCUUGGUUCAAUAACAGAGACUCUGGUUCCUGGAGAGAGGAGGCAGUACCUUCUUACCCAGCUCACCCCACGCUCCCAUUACCUCAUCUGCUUGCUGCCACUACGUCAGGAGCCCUCCUUUGGGGGUUCCAGCAUGGGGUCAUCUCGAGUUGGCAGCAUGGACACGGACAGUAAAGACUCGUCCCCGGCCUGCGCUCAGAUAGAGACUGGAGAUGCUCUGGUCAACUCAGGAGGGGAGGGGUCAGAUAAAGAGGGACAGGACUCUGAACUAACAGCCCUGCCAUUGGCUGGGAUCAUAGGGGGUGCCACAGCAUUGGUAAGCCUGCUGUUAAUCUUUGGCAUCUUCUGCUGGUAUGGACAGAGAGCAGGUUACAUGUCUGGGGACUCAGGCUCAUACAGCAGGGGCCGGGGUGGAAAACAUUAUGAUGACUAUGUAGAGUCAGGCACCAAGAAAGACACUUCAAUCUUAGAGAUCAGGGCCCCUCCUGCAGGGUUUCAGAUGACAGCUAUGGCCCAUCAGCCCCUGCAGCCUAAGCUGGAGGAUGUCACCUACAUCCACACCAUCUUCCCCUCUUCUUCCUCUUCCUCCCAAGCUAACGGGACCUACCGGAGCAGUCACGGAGCUGGCAGCCUCAAUGGCACCAUCCUCAGCCAAACCAGCCACCAUCAUGUCACUUAUGGUACCAACCGUGGCUACAGAGAGGGGGGCAUCCCUGACAUAGAUUAUGCCUACACGUGAUGACACAAUGACCCACUCCCUGAGUCAUGAAUGCCAGGCGCCACUUCUAUGAUGACGACACCUUGGCUGGUGGCAGUUUUGUCCUUGGUUUCCAAAGUACCCUCUGUGCCUCUGCUGGUUCUAUUCUGAUUGGUUUGCUAGGUAGAAAAGACUGAUUUCAGCUAUAUUGAUUGGACAUUGCUAUUGAGUGACAGAAGUAAGUCCUACUAUACUCUACUACUGUAUACUACAUUAUACAGUAGGCCCUUCUUUCAGCGCUACUUAUAGUUAUAAAUGGUUACGUUUUCUCUUUUGGAUAUCUCAGUGUCUUUCAUACCUACUGUUCUUCUCAGCUCAUAAUAAUACACAGUAACUUAUUUGAGGUUGAUAUACUAGGCUUAGCUGAUUUAGCAGGAGAUAUAUUUAUAAUAUGAGGAAAAGGCACUUGAUGUGUAUAGAGAUAGCUCUCAUAUCUUCCUACCAACUGUAAGCUCUGUGCUGUAUAGAUAAAAGGGAUGACAGAGGGAGAAAUCAAUGGUUGUUAUAACCCACAGAUGACAAUGCAUCAUGGUUGACAUGAAAAGAUGUGUUCCUAGCCCCCUCUUUUUCCUCUAGUUUACUCCCCUUCUUUUUAAUUUUGCCUCCUUUCCGCCUCCUUUUUUUUUGGCUGAGGCUCUUUCCUUUUAUUUCUUUCGUGUCUUUUGUGGUGCCGUGAGCAGAGAACGACUUUGUUCUCGCCAAGGGAGCUGACAGCAGUGAUAACAGUUCUGACAGAGAUGGGAGACACAAACCACAGCAUAGGGAGACUAAUGAGAGGGGGAGAGAGAGAGAGCGAGAGAGUGGGGUGGUGGGGGGUGAUGGAUAGAUGGAGGGAUAGAACAUAAAAUAAGACAGAGGGGAAAAGAGAGGGGUGCCGUUUUGGGCACUGAGAGAGGUGUGCUGGCUAAUGGCAGAGAGCGAGGACAGGAAAGAAGAGAAAAAAGGAAGAUAAGUGGAAAAAAGGGCGUGUGACAAAUGCAGCGGCAGGAGGUAAAAAAGCAGACAAAAGGAAAAGAAGAUGGGGGAUCAGGGGCGGGCGGGGUAAAGAAGAGGGGUGACAACUGGAAUAA